CUAUUUUGUAAUUAUCUUGGGUGUAAAUGAUAGUUUGUAAGAUGACACUCGGCCGUCUGAGUUUAUUUAAGUCCUCAUCUACACGCCCCUUCUGUCUGUGAGCGCACCGGCUAACACUAAGCAGCGCGCUGUGUGCACGAAGGUGUGCAACAUGAGUCUCUACGGGAAAGUGGCUCUGGUCACCGGCGGAGCACAGGGCAUCGGAAAAGCCGUAGCUGAAGCCCUCCUGGAGAAUGGGGCAAAGGUAGCACUGGUAGACCUGAAUCAGUCUGUGGGCGAGGACUGUAAACGAGAACUAGACGGACAGUAUGGAGAGGAUAACUGUAUUUUUAUCCAGUGUGACGUGACGGACGCGGGGAAACUAAAAGAAACCUUCCAAAACACAGUCAAGAAGUUUGGUCAGUUGGAUAUUGUCAUCAAUAAUGCUGGAAUCAACAAUGAGAAGAACUGGGAAAAGACCAUUGAAACAUCUGUCAUAAAGGGGACAUAUUUAGCCCUGGAACAUAUGAGUAAAGAAUACGGAAAGGCAGGUGGGGUUAUCAUCAAUGUCUCAUCGAUGGCAGCAUUUCUCCAUUCUCCUCACCAGCCAGUGUACACAGCAACGAAGCACGGGGUGAUUGGAUUUUCACGAGCUUUGGCCGACGCAUCUGAACAGGGCAAUUAUGGAGUGAGGAUCAACACACUGUGCCCAGCCUUUGUGGACACCCAGCUCCUACGCACUGUAGAGCAUGAGGAAACAAUGGGCAAGUUUGUCAAGUACAAAGAUGAAUUCAAGGAAAGGAUGGACAAGUAUGGCGUUCUUAAACCAUCACUGAUUGCAGAGGGAAUGCUGCAAAUCAUAACAGAUGAAAGCCUGAAUGGAGCUGUGAUGAAGAUCACCUGCUCUAAAGGGAUUCACUUCCACACCUAUGAGCCUCUUUCAGCUUGAGAGCCAUAAUUUCAUCAAGCCAUUUCUGUUUAUCUAUUUCUCUCCACUCCUCAAAAGGACCAUUUAUUUUAAUUAAAUUCAGCACAAACACCUCAGUCACUAGCUGGCAUGUUUGAUAGGUUUUUUUUGUUUGUUUGUUUUUGCUGCAUGGCUAAAAUGUGGAGCGUUCUGGGGUUUCUCAGUGUUCUUAAGUAACCAACCCUGCUGUAUAGUCUGAUUCAGAAAUAUGUAGGCAAGGUGUGGAUUUUGUAAGAAUAUUAUAUUUAUCAUUUCAGUUUUGUAAAAUUAAAUAUCUUUCUAAAGCUGUUUCCUUUUCUGUAGUGCCCUUGAUCUUUAAUGUGUACAGAACUGUAUUUACUGUGAGUGAUUUAGUGUGAGUGAGCUUUAAAAAAAAUCUUUAUAUUUAUUAAAUUACUGUUUUGUGGCUUCUAUCAUACCUCAAUAGCACAAAACCAACUAAUUAAAAAAUAUAAGUUUGUCUUUGAUAUGUUUUAAGUAUGUUUAAAUUUCUUUAUGCCAACGAGAAUAUCCUAGGAUUUUUAAUGUUGCAUAAAUAAAGCAAUAAACUUCUGAA